UAUUUUUUUUAAAGUAUGCAAGUUGUGUUAUAAAACACUCUUCAGUUAGUGUUUCGUGAAUAUUGUUUUCGCUGAAGUUGCUGAAUGGAUAUUGUUGCUAUGAGUUUAAAUUGCUUUACAGUUUUUCUAAAUUAAUUUAAUGAUAUCAAGCUAUGAAGGAAUUUUUUUAAAAAAAAUAUCAUUGUCAAGUUGUACUUAAUUUAAUUAUCAAUCCCUUUUUCCUUCUUUCCAUAUGGUAAACUUCAUAGUAAAUGACAUAAAACAAAGGGAAUCUAAAAUUUCUAUCAACUUGUGAUUUAAAAAAAAUAAAUUAAAAUGAAAUUUUAUAAUCGUAUCAAAACCAUAACAGAUCAUUUAUUUUCGAAACAUCUUUUGAUCACUAACACAUCUUUAGGAGUGUUUUUCCUUGGACUCGGUGAUGCAAUACAGCAAAACAUUGAAAAGAAAUUGUAUUAUGGGAAGGUAUAUGAAACCAAAAGAACUAGGAACAUGAUGAUUUCUGGAAGUAUUUUUGGUGUUGCGGGACAUUACUGGUAUCGAUUUUUAGAUGCUAGAUUUCCUGGAACUGCUGUGAAAACAGUUGGCAAGAAGUUAUUCCUGGAAAUGAUUAUUGGACCUCCUGUUUUUUUAGGAUUUUUUUUAGCUAUUGGCUAUUUAGAAGGAAAACCUGUUGAAAAAAGUAUCAAAGAGUUUAAAAAGAAUUUUCUAGUCAUAUGCGCAGCCGACUGGGCAGUUUAUGCUCCUCUUCAAGCUGUGAAUUUCUUUUACGUUCCACCUAGAUAUCGAUUGCUCUAUGUUUGUGUUCUAUGCUUAGCUUAUGAUGUUUUUAUGUCCUACAUUCUACAUAAAGAGGAUAACAAAAAAUUGAUGGCUUCAAAGCAGGAAUGAGAGCUUUUCAUUUUAUCUGAACAAUUUUUUAAAGCAAGGACCAAAGAUCGUUUAAUAUUUGUAUUUAUGGGUAGAUUGGUUUUGUAUUAAGUGGAGGGAUAUUUUAGAACAAAUAUUUCUUUUAAUUUUAUACUGAAAUUAAAAAUUGUGAUAUAUAUGAAAUUGUAUUUGAGACAUUUUAUAUAUAGUAAUCUAAAAGUUGAAUCACUUAAUGUGUAUAUCUUAAUGCAAUUGUUAAUUUCUUAAAAUCUCUACUUUAAUUAUGCAAGACUAGUGAUUCAAAAUCUAAGUUUGAUACUCUAUGCAUUUAUUUUGGAAAAUAAUAUUUUAGAAAUUAUACAUAUAUUAGAAAUGGAUUUAUUUCUGUUUUUUGUUGCUCUGAAUACUCAUAUUUUGCAUAUCUGUCAACUUCGAAUAAUUAAAUUUAUAUAUUUAUUAAAUGUGCCAGUAGUAACAAAACACUGCAUACA